GAGUCACCUAAUCAUUUUAUUUACUGCAAAUAAAAAACUUAUAUUCAAUACAGUUCAGUGAUAACGUAUCACGACAUCAAAGAAUGUUUUUUAAAUGAAAUUGAUAGUGAUUUAGUAAAUAAAUGGUUAAAACGUGGACACUCAAAUGAUAUUCAUGAAACAGUCUGGCGUGCCACCGGUGACCCGGCCAUUAUCUAAAUUAUUAUAAACUUGUCUACAGUUCAUAACAAAAUCCAACAUCCAUUUUAUCAUUUAAACGAGAGAUACCAUUUCGCGCGGUUGUUUAGCGCCUGCGCAGUACGUACCGGUUUGACAAAUAAGCAAGUAUACACAGAUAUAAUGGGAGGUAACUAUUCAGCUAUGGACCCGAUGGAAGUACCCGUGCCCGAUAUAGCGAAAUUAUUCGAACGCGAUGGUUACUUGAAGCCUUACGAAAAGGAAAUACGUCGCAGAUAUGGAUGCUACAAAGACCUCUGGGACAGGAUAGAGUCCUGGGAAGGAGGUUUCGAUGGGUUCACAAAGGGGUACAAAUACUUCGGGCCGCAGUUCAACUCCGAUGGCUCUGUCACUUGGCGGGAAUGGGCCCCGGGAGCACACAGUCUACAUUUACAAGGAGACUUUAACGGCUGGAACUCAAAAAGUCAUCCAUUCAAGAAGUUAGAGUUCGGUAAAUGGGAGCUCACAAUACCAGCGAACCAGGAUGGGUCGUGUGCCCUGAAACACGAGUCGCGUGUGCAGCUCAUAGUCAAUGACAACCUGUACAGGUUGUCCCCUUGGGCCAACUACGUCAAGCCCUUCGAAGGGUUCACCUACCAACAGUUUAUAUACAGACCAGAUCAGCCAUACCAAUUCAAGCACCCGAAGGUAGCGAGGCCCAAAUCCCCCCGUAUUUACGAAUGCCACGUCGGUAUCGCCACGCCGGAGGGCAAAGUCGGCACGUACAACGAGUUCAGAGAUAAUGUUCUGCCUAGGAUUAAGAAUCAGGGUUACAACUCAAUACAGCUGAUGGCCAUAAUGGAGCACGCGUACUACGCCUCCUUUGGAUACCAGGUCACAAGCUUCUAUGCAGCGAGCAGUCGCUACGGCACCCCCUGUGAAUUAAAGCAGCUCAUCGACCGAGCGCACGAGCUGGGCCUGUACGUGCUCCUCGACGUGGUGCACUCCCACGCCUCCAAGAACACCCUCGAUGGCCUCAACGAGUUCGACGGCACCAACUCCUGCUACUUCCACGACGGACCCAGAGGAACCCAUCAGCUAUGGGACAGCAGGCUGUUCAAUUAUUCUGAGACUGAAGUGCUUAGGUUCCUGCUCUCAAACCUGAGGUGGUACCAAGAAGAAUACCAGUUUGAUGGCUUCAGAUUCGACGGUGUAACCUCAAUGCUGUAUCACUCGCGCGGUAUCGGCGAGGGUUUCUCCGGCCACUACGACGAGUACUACGGCCUGAACGUGGACACGGAGGCCCUGGUCUACCUGAUGCUAGCCAACGAGAUGGUGCAUAGGAUCGACGGGAGGGCGCUCACUAUUGCUGAGGAUGUAUCAGGCAUGCCAGCAUCCUGCAGACCAGUGAACGAAGGCGGCACUGGGUUCGAUUACCGGCUGGGUAUGGCUAUACCAGACAUGUGGAUCAAACUGCUGAAGGAGGAAAAGGAUGAGGACUGGAAGAUGGGUCACAUUGUGCACACUCUUACCAACAGAAGGUGGAUGGAAGGCACCGUGGCUUAUGCUGAGAGUCACGAUCAGGCGCUGGUAGGCGACAAAACGAUAGCGUUCUGGCUGAUGGACGCCAGCAUGUACACGCACAUGUCGACGCUGAGCGAGCCCAGCGCCGUCAUCGAGCGCGGCCUCGCGCUGCACUGCAUGAUCCGGCUCAUCACGCACGCGCUCGGCGGGGAGGCCUACCUCAACUUUAUUGGUAACGAGUUCGGCCACCCCGAGUGGUUGGACUUCCCCCGCGCCGGCAACAACUCCUCGUACCACUACGCGCGCCGGCAGUGGAACCUCGUGGACGACCAGCUCCUCAAGUACAAGUUCCUCAACGCCUUCGAUAAAGAUAUGAACGAGCUCGAAGACAAGUAUGGAUGGCUCAGCUCGGCACCGGCAUACGUAUCGUGUAAGCACGAGGGUGACAAGGUGGUGGCGGCGGAGCGCGCCGGGCUACUGUUCGUGUUCAACUUCCAUCCCUACCAGAGCUUCACCGACUACAGGGUCGGCGUCGACGUGCCCGGCAAAUAUCAGGCGGUACUAUGCUCAGAUAGCAAGAAAUAUGGCGGCUUCGGUCGCGUAGAACCAUUCGGAGACUUCCACUUCACGCAGGAACACCCGUGGGGCAACAGAAGCGAUUCAAUACAGGUAUACAUCCCCUGCCGCACAGCCAUUGUCUACGCCAGAGUGGAUUAGGUUCAUAUACAAAGUUGAAAAUUUGGUACUUUGUAUAUUUAAUAUAAAAGUAUCACAAUUUGAUGCCAAUGAUUAUGCUUUAAAAUCAGUUGAACUUUGUUUGACCAUGAAGUGUGUUAUUGAAUAUGCUAUUUUUCGAAAGUUUUGAUAAGGGGAGGUUGAGAACAUGCUAUUGUUAAAGUAGGUAUUAAUUCUACAUUUUUAAAAACUGUUAAUAAAAUAAAUGAUCUGUUAAAAAAA